AUAACGUUUAGGGCAAUGGGGACGAGUCUUAUUCUGAGCGUUGUUUUCAACUUCAUCGUCUGCAAACUUAAUCUCACCACUGGUGUCAUACCUUCGUUUAAUGUUUCCGCGGGUUUGUUGGGUUAUGCUCUCGUGAAGUCGUGGACAACUCUUCUUGAAAAGUUUGGGAUGUUGAAACACCCCUUUACCAGGCAAGAGAAUACUGUCAUCCAAACAUGUAUCGUUGCAUCCUCAGGAAUUGCCUUCAGCAGCGGAACUGCAAGCUAUUUAAUGGCAAUGAGUCCAAGGGUAGCUGCUGAGGCAGAUGGCGGGAACACCCCUGAAAAUGUGAAGGCUCUUCAUCUCGGUUGGAUGACUGCAUUCCUCUUUGCUGUCAGUUUCGUGGGUCUGUUCUGUAUUGUGCCCCUCAGAAAGAUGAUGAUUUUGAAGUACAAGUUGACGUACCCAAGUGGAACUGCAACUGCAUACCUUAUAAACAGUUUCCACACACCUAAAGGAGCCAAGCUGGCCAAGAAACAAGUUGCUGUGCUGUUCAAGAGCUUCGGCUUCAGCUUUGUCUUUGCAUUUUUCCAGUGGUUUUUCACCGGAGGUGAUUCUUGUGGUUUCUCUAGUUUCCCUACAUUUGGUCUUCAAGCUUUUAAACAAAAGUUCUUUUUUGAUUUCUCGUCAACAUAUGUUGGUGUUGGAAUGAUUUGCCCUUACAUUGUUAAUGUCUCAUUGCUUUUGGGAGCUGUAAUCUCAUGGGGAAUCAUGUGGCCCAUCAUUGAGACCAAGAAAGGUAUCUGGUAUAGUGCGGAGCUAUCUGCAAGUAGUCUCCAUGGCAUUCAAGGUUAUAGGGUUUUUAUUGCUAUUGCCAUGAUGCUUGGCGAUGGUCUUUACCAUGUUGUUUCCAUGCUAAUCACUACCUUGCUUAGUCUUCUCAAGCAGCACAAUUCAAGGAACAACUCCGUUUCUACAUCUUCUAUUCACGAGCAGAUAACUGAGAUAGUAGAAGAAGACUAUGACACUAAGAGGCGAACUGAGUUUUUCUUAAAAGAUCAGAUCCCCAAUUGGGCAGCUUGCACUGGCUAUGUUAUCCUUGUAGCCUUAGCCAUGAUUUGUGUACCCCUCAUCUUCAAUCCAUUGAAAUGGUAUCACAUUCUUGUGGCUUUUGUAGUUGCCCCUGUUUUGGCCUUCUGCAAUGCCUAUGGCUGUGGUCUCACCGAUUGGUCUCUUGCCUCCAACUAUGGCAAAAUAGCUAUCAUCAUUUUCAGCUCUUGGGUUGGUCUCCACAAUGGAGGGAUUGUCGCUGGCCUUGCUGCUUGUGGUGUGAUGAUGAGCACUGUUGCGACUGCAUCAGAUCUGAUGCAGGACUUCAAGACAGGAUAUCUCACCCUCUCAUCUCCUCGCGCUAUGUUCGUCAGCCAAGUCAUUGGCACGACAAUGGGAUGCAUUAUAACACCUCUGGUUUUUUGGUUCUUCUACCAGGCUUACCCAAUAGGCGAUCCUAAGGGCACUUAUCCAGCUCCCUAUGCGCAACUGUAUCGCGGGAUUGCCAUCCUUGGAGUAGAAGGUGUCUCCACCCUUCCAAAAAACUGCCUCAAACUUUCGAUUGCGUUUUUCAUUGCUGCUAUUGCUGUAAACAUAGUUUGUCAUGUGCUGCGGAGGUAUGAGACCAAGUACAAGAUUUAUAGGUUUAUUCCGAGCCCAAUGUGCAUGGCCAUUCCAUUCUAUCUUGGUGGUUACUUUGCCAUAGACAUGUGUAUUGGUAGUUUGAUUCUUUUCUUGUGGACGUUGAAGAACAAGCGAAUGGCUGAUGACUACGUGCCUGCAGUGGCAUCAGGCCUCAUCUGUGGUGAAUCUUUGUGGGGUGUACCGGCUGCAGUGCUCUCUCUUGUCAACCUCAAUGCUCCCAUUUGUAUGAAGUUCCUUUCUGCCAAAUCCAAUGCUAGGGUUGAUAGUUUUCUAAAUGGGAGCUAG